AUGAAGUUUAAUACUUUUGAAGAAUUAAUGGUUUAUUAUAAGCAGUAUGGUAAGAAAAGCGGGUUUGGGGUAACGAUAAGAAGGACUGAUAAAGGAGAUGAUGAGACUGUCCGAUAUGUCACAUUUGGUUGUGCCCGUGGUGGGAAAGCCCGGAAUAGGACAUUGAAUGUCGCUAGACCACAUCCAACAGGAAAGAUAGAGUGUAAGGCAAAGAUUAAUGCCUUAAAAGUUGAUGGAAAGUUCCGGUUGACAACAGUGAAUAAUAUCCAUAACCAUGGCCUUAGUCCAAACAAAUCUCGCUUCUUUCGAUGUAAUAGAGAAGUGAGUGACUCUAUAAAAAGAGUCCUAGAUAUAAACGAUAUGGCUGGCAUUCGAAUGAAUAAGAGCUUCGGAUCUCUUUUCGUUAGCGCUAGUGGAUUUGAGAACCUCCCAUUUUUAGAAAAAGAUUGCCGCAAUUAUAUCUACAAGGCAAGACAUCUAAGACUUGGUAAAGGUGGUGCUGGAGUGUUUCUAGAGUAUUUUUGUAGGAUGCAGUACAAAAAUCUCGGUUUCUUUGCACUGAUAGAUUUUGAUGAUGAUGGGAGGUUAAAAAAUGUCUUCUGGACAGACUCCCGUAGUAGGGCAGCCUACCAAUACUUCGGUGAUGUGGUGACAUUCGACACUACAUACCUGACGAAUAGAUAUGAGAUGCCCUUUGUACCAUUUGUUGGUGUAAACCACCAUGGGCAGUCAAUUCUAUUGGGAGCAGGAUUAAUUUCCAGUGAGGAUACAGAGACAUUUGUCUGGUUAUUCCAGACGUGGUUGAAGUGUAUGGAUGGUAUCGCUCCGAAAGCUAUUAUCACCGAUCAGGACAGAACGAUGAAAAAUGCAAUUGCUAUUGUUGCCGACAUCAACUUUGUUUAUGGCAUAUACUAA